CUAACAACAAGCGCUGCACAGUGUGCGAACGAAAAAUCUUACAAAUGUUGUGGUCAUUUGCUUAGUAUAUAAGGUUUUAAUUUGCCCUUACAGUAAUGUUUAACAAAGGUGGUCAAGGAAGGUCGAGAGGAUUUGGUUUCGGGGGGUUUUCUCUGGCAAGCAAAAAAGAAGCAAAUGUUACUCCCAACACUUCUGGAUUACUGAAAGGUCGUGGUCAAAAACAUAAAAGUACCUCAGCCAGACAACAUCAAGGUAGUUCAGGACAGSCCCAACACGACAAACGAUGGCUAAAACCAAUGGAUGAUGAUGAUUUUGACACAUUUGAUGAGAAGCAAUUUGAUGACAGCGAUGAUGAUACUGGUCAUCAAUCUAUGGCUACCAAUGAUGAUGAAGAAGAUGAACUUGAUUUGUUCAUGAAAGGAAUUGAGAAAGAAGUUAAAUUAGAGGAAAGCAAAAGUGAGCAACAAAGGGCAGAAGAAGAGAAAAAAAAAGUGCAGCGCCAGGAUAUUGAAGAAGAAGAUGAUCAAGAAUCAUACUUCAAUUACAUUAAAAAUGCACCUGUCCAGGCAUACCCAGAUGAUGAAGAAAUAGACAUUGAAUAUGACAGUGAUGGGAAUCCUAUUGUCCCAGAGAAGUCAAAGAUUAUUGAACCACUGCCAAGAGUAGAUCACUCUGAGAUUGAUUACCCUUCAUUUGAAAAAAACUUUUAUAAUGAGCAUGAUGAAAUAGCAAAACUUCCUACCCCUGAUGUGAAUGAAUUAAAGAAAAAACUUGGAAUCAAAGUUUCAGGUGCAAUGCCAGCCAAGCCAUGUACAAGCUUUGCUCAUUUUGGUUUUGAUGAUCAGCUUAUGACAGCAAUAAGGAAGUCAGAUUACACACAGCCAACUCCAAUUCAAUGUCAGGCCAUUCCUAUAGCUCUUACUGGUCGUGAUAUCAUUGGUAUUGCUAAAACAGGUUCUGGAAAAACUGCAGCCUAUCUUUGGCCAGCACUAGUUCAUAUAAUGGACCAGCCUGAAUUGCAAGUUGGUGAUGGACCAAUUGCUUUGAUAUGUGCUCCUACUAGAGAGUUGUGCCAACAAAUUUACACUGAAGCCAGAAGAUUUGGUAAAGUCUACAAUAUCCACACAGUGGCUGUGUUUGGUGGUGGCAACAAGUAUGAACAGUCAAAAGCUUUACAAGAAGGAGCUGAAAUAGUUGUUGCUACCCCUGGAAGAUUGAUAGAUCAUGUAAAAUCUAAAGCUACCAACUUGAGAAGAGUUACAUUCCUUGUUUUUGAUGAAGCAGACAGGAUGUUUGAUAUGGGUUUUGAACCACAAGUGAGAUCGAUUGCAAAUAAUGUCAGACCAGACAGACAAACAUUGUUAUUUAGUGCAACAUUUAAGAAGAAAGUUGAGUACCUUUGUCGUGACACUUUGACUGACCCUAUUAGAGUUGUAAUAGGAGAGCUAGGGGAGGCAAAUGAAGAUGUCACUCAAGUUGUGCAGAUUUUCAAUUUAGCACCUGAGAAGUGGACCUGGCUUACACAAAACUUAGUCUCAUUCUCAUCAGAUGGAAGUGUUCUAAUAUUUGUAACCAAAAAAGUAAACAGUGAAGAACUAGCAUCAAAUUUAAAGAAGAAUGACUUUGAAGUUGCGUUGUUACAUGGUGACAUGGAUCAGUUUGAGCGAAAUAAAGUUCUUAGUCAGUUCAGAAAGAAGGAAUUUCCAAUAUUGGUAGCCACGGAUGUCGCAGCACGUGGACUUGAUAUUCCAUCCAUCAAAACAGUUAUUAAUUAUGAUGUAGCUCGUGACAUCACAACACAUACUCACAGAAUAGGGCGUACCGGAAGAGCAGGAAUGAAGGGUGUUGCAUAUACUUUGCUAACAGCGUCAGACCAAAACUUUGCAGGAGAUCUCGUGCGAAAUUUAGAAAUAGCSAACCAAAUUGUUCCUGAACCUCUGAUGGCCUUAGCAAUGAAGAACUCAUGGUUUAAGAAAUCUCGCUUUAAACAUGGCUCAGGAAAGAGGGUGGACAGGGGGAGCAAGCCGCGUGUAAGAGAAAGACCUGGACUCGGUCUUCCUGACAAAUCGGAACAGAGUCAAACAACAAGUAAUAUUUYRUCACCAUCAGGGGGUGUCUGGGGAAAUAACUCCCAAGGUAAUCGUACAUCAACCAUCAAAAAUGCAUUUAAGGCGCAGUUUAUGAAUUCCUUUCGUGCAGCCUCAUCAUCAUCUUCUACGUCAUGGGAUUCCAGUAAAGCAAGUGAACCAAUGAGACCCCCUGAACCAGCAGUACCUCAGAAGAAAGUGAAGAAAUCACGAUGGGAUACUGGGCACUAGAUGAAGUUAUUACAUGUAUAGAAGACAUMUGUGGCACCCUCUCUUGUGAACUGGCCCUUUAGACAGGACGUAUCUACUGUUACAUAUUGGUACAUAGAGCUGGAUAUCAUUAGUGUAGGGAUCAUAUCACUACUAGCAAAAAUGGCUACUUCACUCUUGUAAUUAAGGCUUAGACAGGACAUUUGUUGCAUUUUUAUCGUAAUAAAAAGCAAAAAUAGAAACUG